CUCUCUCUCUCUCUCUCUCUCUCUCUGUGGAACUUUCUUUCUUUCUUUACUCAAAACCAACACACUGGAACCCCUGACUGCAAGCAAAAUCGAAAAUGGCGUUUCUCUCGUUUCGUUGAUUAUCAAUAUUUGAGGUUCUCAAAGACUAUUGGAUGGGCUAAGAAACAAUGGUAGGGUUGGAAGAGACAAAUAUGGAAGAUGAUUAUUUUAACUGGGGUAAGAAAGGUGGAGUUGGGGAAGUGGAACGUGUCCAGUUCUACGAGUCAUUCACUUUGGAAGGCAUGGAAUACUCGCUGUAUGAUUGUGUACAUCUUUACAGAAGUGGUUGUUGUGAGACUGAUGUCGGUAAGCUUGUGGAAAUAUAUGACACAGAGGACCAUGAAAAGAAGAUAAAGGUCGUGUGGUUUUUUCGUCCUUCGGAUAUACAUAACUUUUUGGGUGAUUGGAAACCACGCCGGAACGAGAUACUUUUAGCUUCUGGUGUGGGUCAAGGCCUCUCCAAUGUCAAUCCUCUGGAAGCAAUAGUUCAAAAAUGCAAUGUUGUCUGCACAUCAAAGGAUGUGAGGAAUCCUCAGUCAUCUGAAGAAGAGUUGAGAAUGGCUAGUUACAUUUUCUCUCAUAAUUUUGAUGUAGGAAAGCGCCAAAUAUUGGAGAACUUUCCGGAUGAAAUAAGUGGAAUUAAAGUGGAGUGCUUUUUUAACAAGAGAAACAAUCAACAGCUCUUCAGGCUCCCCAAGUUCCUGACAAAUUUGACAGACCCAGCUGGACCAUCAAAUGUGCCUUCCAAGUUAGAAUUGGACGAAGCGAAGGCCUCUCCAGUUAAAAAUAAAUCGAAAGAGUCAAUGGUUGGUACUGGGGAGCAAGGAUGUGCUUCAAAUGAGAUGUUAAGACUUAAACUUGCUCUUGAUGGAAAUGGAACUCAGUCUGCUAGAAUAUCACACGGUCAAGAUAAAGAAAGACACAAAGUUAGAUUUGUUGAUCAACCACAUAUAAGUGCAUCAGAUUGUGUAGCUUUCACUAAGGGUGAUACUUCUAGAAAGAAGCCAGAUGGUGUAGCUUUCACUAGGGGGGAUGCUUCUAGAAAGAAGCCAUAUAUUGAUAAAAGAAGUUGGUUCAAGCAACCAUCUUGGGAGGAAAAACUGCAGAGAGCUCAAGAUGCAGGCCAUUUGGUUUUACUAGACAAUCUGGAUCCAUCCUAUGCAUCAUCAGAAGUAGAGGCUCUAGUUUGGAAAGCAUUUCGCGAAAAGGUUGAGGCAAAAAUGAUACAAUACAGUACUUUUUCUACUCCGCAAUAUGGCAAGGCUUUUGUUAUAUUCAAGUCAAAGAUUACUGCUGACCGUGUAAUAUCUGAAUUAAACGAGAGAUGCCUGGUUUCGGAAAAUUGGAGACCUGUCAUAGGUAUCAGAAGAAGUCUAAAAGGGCCAGACAAAACAGCCAGAUUUGUUGGACAUCUGAGCAUUGCCAAAAUCAGGCUUCAAAGUCAACGUGAAGAGAUGAGAAAGGCAGUAUCAACAUCACACUGUUCCCAACCUAAUACAAUUGAGUACGAUAUGGCUCUGGAAUGGUGUUUACAACAGGAAAAGUCAGAUGCAUGCUGGAAGAAUUUAUAUGAGAAACAAAUGAAGGAGAUUAGAGAAGCUAGGAAAGCUAUAACUAAUUUGUAAUUAGCUAGGCGUUGCAUUUCAUUGAUACAUAUGGAGAAAAUUGUGUUUUUGUGGAUUACAGUAGAUUCAGACAAGGGGUGCCCCAAAAUUGGACAGCUUAAAGGGUCCUGCCCACAUAGAAUUUUUUUGUAAUUUCCUGACAACGUACACUUGAGGUCUCUGUAAAUCUGUCAGCCAUCUGAUCAUACCUAAUUUUUGUAGUCUUUGAAGGAUAUGUUAGUAUCAAAUUCAUGUGAUAUGGUUCACUUGUGCAACAACUUUGUUCACUAUGCCAAUUUUGCAUUGUCA